AUGGGUGUGCCUUCGUUUUACCGGUGGUUGGUAGAAAAAUAUCCAAAAAUAGUAAACGACGCCGUAUUGGAGGAGAUGAAUGUUGAGUGUAGUACGAAGAACCCUAACGGAACGGAGUUUGACAAUUUAUAUCUCGACAUGAACGGAAUUAUCCACCCUUGUUUUCACCCUGAAGAUGAUUCUACUCCAACAACGUUUGAAGAAGUAUUUAAUAAAAUAUAUGAAUAUAUAGAUCGACUUUUCAAAAUAGUCAGACCAAGAAAAUUGCUGUUCUUGGCCAUAGAUGGUGUAGCUCCCCGUGCCAAAAUGAAUCAGCAACGGGCUAGGCGAUUUCGUACUGCGAAAGACACUCAAUUCGCCGAGGAAAUGGAGGAGAAGUUUAGAAAACAGUUUGAAAAAGAAGGGAAAGCCGUUUUGCCUAAAGAAGAAUCGCAGCUCUCCGAUUCGAAUGUUAUUACACCUGGAACUGUAUUUAUGCACAUUCUCUCCGACAAACUUCGAACCUACAUUACUUGUCGAAUGAGCGAAAAUCCAGCUUGGACAAACAUUAAGGUAAUUUUGUCGGAUGAUAAUGUUCCCGGUGAGGGAGAACACAAAAUAAUGUCGUUCAUUAGAGCACAACGCUCGUCGCCUGGAUAUGAUCCAAAUAUGAGACACUGUCUGUAUGGACUGGAUGCCGACUUGAUUAUGCUUGCAUUGGCCACACAUGAAAUCCAUUUUUCGAUUCUCAGAGAGGAGAUCCUGGCUAAAAACUCUGGUUAUGGAUUGUCUAUUGAAUCGACGACACAUAGAGCCGAUACACAUUCCUUAAAAUCGAGGGGAUGGUUUAAGGAGCGUCCAUGGCAGAACUCUAGCAUCGAGGCGGGUAUUGAAUUAGAGAAAUCGGAAAUGUGUAAGGAAGAACCUUGGAUUGUUAACAAAAAGCAAAAAUAUCAGUUUCUUAAUGUGUGGAUACUGAGGGAGUAUUUGGCUUUGGAUAUGAAAAUUCCAACUUCCGACAAAUUCGAAUACGAUCUCGAGAGAGUUAUCGACGAUUUCAUCUUUAUUUGUUUCUUUGCCGGGAAUGAUUUUCUUCCGCAUAUGCCUACGCUCGAAAUCCAUGAGGGUGGCAUAGACUUGCUAAUGCAUGUUUAUAAGCAAGAGUUCGUAAAUUUGGGAGGCUACUUAGUCGACAUGCAGAGGGUACAAGACAAAAAAGGGGGCUACAUAAAAUUGAAAAGAGUCGAGGCGUUUAUACUUGCUGUGGGUGCAUUCGAGGAAAAAAUCUUCAGCAAAAGAACUAAUCUGAGGGAAGGGAAAUUACGACGAAUAUUAUCCGAUCAUCGAAAUUCCGUAACUAAAAGCUGUAAAUUAUGUUUUAUUCAGAAAGACCACGAGAAGAAUCAACUUGAUGAUGGAAUAUCGUCAGAUAUCGUGUAUUCUUACGACAUAGCUAAUGUUCAUCGAGAAUCGGAGUUAUCUGCUUCAGCUAUAGAUGUUGAUAGGGUUCAAAAUAAUACAAAAGAGCUGAAGAAGAAGCUGAAAGAAUACAUCAAAGAUCAAUCCGAUUUGUUCAAAGAUGGUUUUCUUGCAACAGAUAAAGUGAAACUCGGCAGCCUUGGCUGGAAGGAAAGAUAUUAUAGAGAAAAGUUUUGUGCUCAAACCCUAGAAGAAAUCGAAGAAACCAGAAGAAAUGUGGUUGCAAGAUACGGCGAAGGGUUAUGUUGGGUUUUGCUAUACUACUAUUCGGGAGUUCCAUCAUGGACGUGGUUUUAUCCAUAUCACUAUGGUCCGUUUGCAUCUGAUUUGAAAGGACUAACACAAAUAAAUUUGAAGUUUCAAAAAGGUUUGCCUUUCAAACCCUUUGAUCAACUGAUGGGAGUACUUCCUCCGAGAAGUGCUCAUGCAUUGCCGAUUUCAUAUAAGGAACUCAUGGUCGAUGAAAAUUCCAAUAUUUUCGACUUUUAUCCAAUCGAAUUCGAGACAGACACCGAUGGGAAGAGGUUCCUGUGGCAGGGUAUAAGCAAGCUUCCUUUCAUAGACGAAGGUCGUCUGCUUGUGGAAACUAGGAAACUCGAAAGUGAACUCAAGGUGCAAAAUUGUAAUUAGAACAUUA